CUCUAGUAUUACUACUCCUACUUCAAUUAAUUUUCUCACUUUUUUCCUCCCUUUUUCUUUUUUCAUCCCUCCAUUAUUCAACUCACGUUAGAUCUAGUAAUAAUUUUUUUUUAAAUCAAGGGAAAUAAUUUUCCCAAAAAAGCUCCAUGAUCAUCUUCUUCAAGACCACUCUCUAACCCUAAAAUUUCCCCCAAUUUUUUCCUCUGGUCUGUCAUUCUCUCUCCUCAGAUCGUGGUGAGUGGAAGAUAGAUCGAGGGAGGAGAAGAUAUGAAUGAUUUCCAGGGAUUAUUAUCAACCGAUUAUGGAUUCAAACCUCAAGGUAAAGCUGCUCCAAUGGCGGCCUCUAAAUCCGGGACUAAUUCUUCAAAUUCCGCUUUUAAUUUCGAGAUCGGAGGGUCUAAAACGGCGUCGUUCCCUUCCAAUUCGAAGAAUCCGACUUCUUCCUCUUUGUUUGAUGAUCAUGAUACCCUUUUUCGCUCUAAUCGGAAAACGACCUCAUCCGAUGAUUUUGGGAUUUUAGAUGAUGUUUUUGCUACGGGCGGUAUUAAAAGCAAUUCUGCAAAGUCGAGUAAUAAUAAUUCGGUCAAUAUGGACUCCAUUUUUGGUGGUGGUGGUGGUGGUGGCGGUGAAUCGGGGCCGAAGUUCUCGUCUUUGCCAGUUUUCGAUAAGCCGGUGUACGACGACGAGGAUUCGAGCUCGGCGAAGUUUGAGAAUAUCUUUGCCCCGCCUUCUUCUGCUCCUGCAAAGAAGACUGAUGCAUUUGAUGAUCUUUUGGGUGGAUUGGGGAAGAAGGAACAACAAUCUACGAGGUCGGCGGUGGGGCCCGGUUCAAAGGGGGCUGAUAAGGGUUUCUCUAGUUUUGAUGAUUUGCUGCCAGGUUUUGGUGGUGGAAGUACCUCUUCAACAAGCAGGAAUCCAUCAGAUGCCAGUAAGAAAACCUCAAGUGUAAUAGAUGAUCCUUUUGUUGGCCUAGACUCGACUUCACCUCCCGUGUCUUCCUCUGGAAUUUUUACUGAUCCUUUGGAGGAGAUUGGUAAUCUUAAUAAUUCUAGCAGAAAAACUGCUGAAAGUUCUUCUAGUGGGACAGCAUUUGAUGAUAUAGAUCCCCUUGGUGGCUUUGGCAAGUCUGUUCCUUCUUUUUCAGCAGAAAUUAAUGGGGAAGAAAAGGAGGCAAUGCGAACCAGAGUUUCUGGAAGACAAACUUCAGUCAGUGGAGAUGCAAGCCGGAAGUCGUCUGUAAGAAGUCCUGAUAGAGGUUCUGAGCCGAAGUUUCCGGUGGAGGAUUAUUCAGAGCCAAGUGUCUUUGAGAUGCCUUCUGUGUCAGCUGAAACUAGUAGGUCUGUACCAAAUGCUUCUUUCCCUACUCAUAGCAAUGCUAGUUUUAGGGAGUCUAACUCCCAUGGACAUUCUUCUCCUAAUUCUGAGGAGAACAUGGGGUCAUCCGAUGAUAUAUGGCUCACUGUAUCAGAAGUUCCUCUCUUCACGCAUCCGACAGCUGCCCCACCACCUUCAAGACCCCCACCUCCAAGACCAACACACUUUUCCGCUUCCUAUCCUGCUUCAAAUGUACAUAAGAAAGUUAAUGAUUACCCAUCAUUCCCUGGUCCUGGUCCAAGUUUCCACAGCCCAAAAUCAGCACCCGUGGAGGCAAGGGGCUCUUUUGCAUCUCCUUUGGAUGAACUGGAGGAAUUUGCUAUGGGAAGAAAUCCAAGCAAUGAGGAUGCAACUCAUGCAAGCUCAGAGGGGGGAUCUGGUGAAGAUUUUGACUCAAAUUCAGUUGCUGCUGCAUCUGCUGCAGCCAUGAAGGAGGCAAUGGAUAGGGCUGAAAUUAAGUUUAGGCAUGCAAGGGGGGUCAGGGAAAGGGAAAAUGCAAAGGCCUCUAAAAGCAGAGAAUCUGUGCAAGUAGAAAAAGAGGAGAAUCCUACAUACGAUGCUCCAGAGAGGGAAUUUAGGGAACAUCAAGAACGACUGGAGCGUGAACGGCAACAAAGAGAAAUGGAAGAGGAAGAAAGAAGACGAACGAAGGAAGAGGAAAGAAGGCGUGCUGAGAAAGAAUGGGAGGAGAAAGAGAGAGAGAAGAGGAAAGUUGAAAAGGAAAGGCAAUUUGGCAGGCAGGCUGUUGAAUGGGCUGCCAAAGAAGCACGUGAAAGAGCAGCUAUUGAAGCUCGUGCCAGAGCUGACAGGGUUGCUGUUCAGAGGGCACAAGCUGAAGCUCGAGAGCGAGCAGAAAAGGCCGCUGUUCAUAGGGCACAAUCUGAGGCACGAGAGAGGGCGGCUGCUGGGGCUAAAGAAAGAGCUGAAAAGGCUGCUGCAGAAGCAAGGGAAAAGGCGAAAGCUGAAGCUAGGGAGAAAGAAGCACGUGAAAGAGAAGCAAGAGAGAAAGAAGCUCGUGAGAAAGCUGCCACUGCAGCAAAGGCAAAUCAAUCGAAGAAUGAAAAUGACCUUGAAUCUUUCUUUAGCAUGGGCCGAGCAAGCAGUGCACCUAGGCCCCGGGCUCCUUCAUCGGAUCCAUUUGAAGCUCAGUUUCAGACUAAGCCAGCUGCUGAAGCAACCAGAGCGUCUGUUAAUUCCUCCUCUAGCAUGAGAAAAGCAUCUUCAUCGACAAAUAUUGUUGAUGAUUUAAGUUCAAUAUUUGGAGGCCCCCCAUCGUCUGGCGGGUUUCAAGAAGUUGAUGGGGAAACCGAUGAUAGACGGAGAGCCCGAAUGGAUCGCCAUCAAAGGACUCAAGAGCGUGCUGCUAAAGCAUUGGCUGAGAAGAAUGCCAGAGAUCUCGAGGUUCAAAGGGAACAAGCUGAGAAAAAUAGGAUUUCUGAAACGCUUGAUGUGGAGAUUAGACGCUGGGCAGCAGGGAAGGAGGGGAACUUGCGUGCUCUCCUGUCAACAAUGCAAUAUGUUCUCUGGCCUGAGUGUGGCUGGCAGCCUGUUUCCUUGACUGAUUUGAUUACUGGUGCGGCUGUUAAGAAAGCUUAUAGAAAAGCGACUUUGUGCAUUCAUCCUGAUAAAGUGCAACAGAAGGGUGCCACUCUGCAGCAAAAAUUUGUUGCUGAAAAGGUGUUUGAUCUGUUAAAGGAAGCUUGGAACAAAUUCAAUUCAGAGGAGCUAUUUUAAGCCAUUUGAGGGUGUGUUAUCCUUCUGAAUGGUAUUCAGCAUAUUUUCACUCCUUUUCUGCAAGUUUUAAGCAAUUUUGGAAACUGUUUUCCUGCUUCAAUCUGCAUGGAGGUGCUGCUGCUUGGUUGCCUGGGUUUUCCGUUGUAUGGUUGACGAGAUUUUUGAAAUGGUAAAUGCCCUUUCAGUCUCCUGAGUUUGCCUUAAAGAGUGAUGAUUGUACAGUUGGAGCAGGUUCUGAAGUCUCUAAGAUGGUAUAGUUAUAGUAGCAUUUGUUUGGGUGAUCAACCCACGUGAUCGUUCGUUGUCAUAUUCAUUAGCAAAUGCCGUCUCUUUGAGAUGCAGCGUUUGUAUUUGUAUCCAUUCUUUUUGUUCUUUUUUGUUUGUUUGAUAAAAAGCCUAAUCUGUUGUUGAUGAAGUAUUCAAUGUAUGAUGUUAAUUAACUACUCAAAACAUUGAUAAUGUUACCGAUUCAUGAUUGUUCAGAA